AUGAGCGAAACAAUCGUAGUCCUCGGGUAUGAGUUACAUCUCACCACCAACCUGUCAAUUACUGACGACCCCAGUGCUGGUGUCUCCGGAUUGACGUCCGCGUUGCUGCUGUCCCGAGACAAGAGAAACACCAUCACUGUCGUUGCCAAGCACAUGCCGGGAGACCUGGACGGCGAAUAUGCUUCACCUUUUGCCGGAGCGAAUGUGAUGCCCAUGGCCACAUCUGAUGAGAGUCAGUGGGAGCGUGAAACGUGGGCCGAGCUCAAGCGCUUGUGUCAAGAGGCACCUGCAGCAGGCAUUCAUUUCCAAAAAUGCCAGGUGCACAGUCGCAGUAAGGACAUCUCCAAGGACUCGGACGUGCCCAAGGGCCCUUUCGACACGGACCCCUGGUUCAAGGACAUGUUUGACGAUUUCCGCGCCCUACCCCAGGACAAAGUCCUGCCUGGCUGCGAUGCUGCCUCCGAGUUCACCAGCGUGUGCAUCAACACGGCAAUCUACCUGCCCUGGCUAGUGGGACAGCUGCUAGAGAAUGACGUCCGCCUGAAGAGAGGGGUCGUGUCCGACAUCCGUGAGGCCAAGGGACUGAGUCAUACCGGUCGACCUGCCACGUUGAUCAUCAACGCGACCGGCCUCGGAUCGUACAAGCUCGGCGGCGUCAAGGACACGCAAAUGUACCCAGCAAGGGGCCAGGUGGUUGUCGUCCGCAAUGAGGUGGACUCCAUGCUCUUCGUGUCGGGCACAGAGGAUGGGGCCAAUGAGGCCUUGUACGCAAUGAACCGAGCCGCUGGCGGCGGGGCCAUCCUCGGCGGCACCUUUGAGGCCGGCACCUGGGACACCCAGCCUGAUCCCAGCACAGCCUUGAGGAUCAUGUCGCGGAUCGUCAAGGCGCGCCCUGAGAUUGCGGGUGGAAAGGGCGUGGCGGGACUGAGCGUGGUCAGGCACGCUGCCGGCCUGAGACCGUACAGACACGGCGGCGCGAGGGUGGAGGCAGAGAAGAUGGAUGACACGACGACAGUGGUCCACAACUACGGACACGGAGGAUGGGGGUAUCAAGGCUCGUACGGCUGUGCAAAGUCAGUGGUCGAGAUUGUGCGUAAGGUGCGCGAGGGGCGGACCCGGGCAAAGCUGUGA